GCGCCUUGGAGUGAGCGACGCGACGCCGGCGUUGUCACCGACGACGACGACGACACGACCGCGUGCCGUGUCCCCACCACGCGACGAGUCCCUUGUUUUUUUUCUGUGAGCGUGUGGACGCGAGACUGUAGACCACUCGCUGUCAUGGGAGCCGACAAGACGCUUCUGCUGCUCUUCUUGGCGACGACGGCGACCUUCGUCUCGUGCGCCGACGAGAAAACCACCAAGGGUCCCCUAGACUGCCCGGAGCCGCUGUGUGCUAACAAGGACUGCAAGACCAAGGUGGGCGCUGACGGCUGCCUGGUGUGCGACUGUAACGGCGACUGCCCACUCCUGGUGUGCGGGCCCGGAUGCCACGAGGAAAAGAACACAACGGCCAAGUGCCCUGAGUGUGUUUGCGAUGGUGACCCGAGGUCAGGGCCUGCGCAAAAGCGCCAGUGCCCCGAGCUGACGUGCCCGCCCGAGUGCGAGAAGGAGACGGUGACGCCCACUCACCGAUGCCCGUGGUGCCUGUGCCCCGUUAUCACCGCCAAGCAGACCCUGGUGAAAUACGGCGAGCGACACUGUCCCCGCGCACUGCUCAACAUGGUGUUCAGGCAGGCCGACCCUCUCGCCAGGCACGUUCUUCACUUCCAAGAACAAGUCCGCCACCAGGACGGCGUCGUCCAGCAUCUCCUCGCAACCAGCGGGAAGCCCGCGGAGCCCAACGUCCCCAAACCAGAGUGCGUCACUCCCAAGUGCGACGGGAAGGGCUGCAAGCUCGUGCCAGGAGACCACGGGUGCCCCAGCUGCGUCUGCCCAGAGGCUGGACAGAAGAAAAAGGGCGGCAAAGCGAAGGCUUCCAAGGUGCGCGCCAUCAGCAAGAGGAACAGCACCAGCAGCAAGAAGAGCUCAGAAGAAAGCGACGAGUCUAACAGCCGAGAGAGCCACGAGAACCGAACUUCCCGAAGCAGGAGGGAGCACAACAGGGCCGGUCACAACGGACACAAGAACGGUCACAAGCAUGCCAACCACACGGCGACCCACGUGAACGGCACGGAGCCAAGACAAGGACCUCCUGUUCACACGGCCGUCCAGUGCGUGGUUCCGGUGUGCGAGCCGUACUGCAAGUACCGUCAGGGUGAGCACGGUUGCCUGAUCUGUGAAUGCCCGGACGUGUGCCCCGACAUGGUCUGCGGAGCGGGCUGCCAGCCGUACUUCACCGACGCCAGCAAGUGCCAGCGGUGCCUCUGCGCACCUCACACACGCCGGGAGCAGCUUGCCGAGGUGUUCGCGUCGUUCUGUUCGGAGCACACGCUGCACCGGAUGGUGGCCGACUUCGACGACUUCCGGGACACCCUGCAGCGACUGCAGCACCGAAGCCUCGAGCUGCAAGAACUGCUCAGCCGCGUCGAGCACGCCCGAGGCAUUCACGGACCAGUACCGGAGGAAGUCAGGGCGAGCUUCGGAAGGCAUCCCCACAAUCAUCACCAACCCCUUCACCAUCAAGCCGGUCAUCACCACAAGCACCAUCCCAAGCACGACGAAAGACCACAUAAUUGAGCGUUUCCAUUUUUCCCACCCUGUUCUACGCUUAUAGUGACGCUAUCAAUAAAGGUC